AUGGCGGCGUCUUCAACAACAUGGACCGCCGAACGCCUGAAGCUUUUCUCGAAGCAUCUGGACCGGAAACAACCUUUCCUAGAACUGAACACUCCCUUCACCACCGAGAGAAACGCACGCCUUGAGGACGAUAAGGGCCAUCUAAUACGCGAUCAAGUGUUGAAAGCUCAAGAAACAAAGGCAGUCGAGUCGGAAUCAGAACCCGAGAUUGAACAAACUCCCGCGACGAUGUCUAGCCAACCCCCCCAUGCUACGCUUCUCAUUCCGGGACCCAUCGAGUUCGACGACGCGGUUCUCCAGUCUAUGUCUCACUACAGUGAGUCCCAUGUCAGCCCGGCUUUCGUGAACGUUUUCAGCCAGGUCCUCAAGAAGCUCCGCCAGCUCUUCCAAUCCACAGACCCCGCCGCUCAGCCUUUCGUCAUCUCUGGAUCCGGAACAUUGGGCUGGGAUCAGGUUGCCUCGAAUCUUGUCGAGGCUGGAGAUGAGGUCCUCGUCCUACACACCGGAUACUUUGCCGAUUCUUUCGCGGACUGCUUUGAUACCUAUGGUGUCAAGGCUACACAAUUGAAAGCACCAAUCGGAGAGCGACCCUCUCUUGAGCAAAUCGAGCAGGCUCUCAAGGAGAAGAGCUACAAAAUCAUCACCAUCACACAUGUCGAUACCUCAACCGGUGUUCUCAGUGACAUCAAGUCGAUCAGCGAGCUUGUCCAGCGGGUCAGCCCUGACACCUUGGUUGUUGUCGACGGCGUCUGCAGCGUUGGAAGCGAGGUGAUUAAGUUUGACGAGUGGAACCUCGACGUUGUCGUUACUGCUUCGCAAAAGGGUAUCGGUGUUCCCGCUGGCCUUUCCAUUCUUUUUGCCUCUGGCAAGGCCAUUGAUAGGUUCAAGUCGAGGAAGACUAAGCCAUCAUCAUACUUCGCCAGCUGGAAGAAUUGGCUACCCAUCCUACAAAACUAUGAGGCAGGAAAGCCCUCCUACUUCGCCACCCCAUCUCCCCAACUCAUCCACGCUCUUAACACCUCGCUCGACCAGAUCCUCGCCCGUGGCGUCGAUCAGUACAACAAGGACCACGCAGCUGUCUCCCAGAAGGUUAAGAAGGCCAUCACCGAUCUGGGUCUCAAGCAGCUCGCUUCUGAUCCCGAGGGUCAGGCUAACGGCAUGACCGCCAUUUACCUUCCCGAGGGUAUCACUCCUCCUGAUGUCCUCCCCAGCCUCCUCAAGAAGCAGGUCAUCUUCGCUGGUGGUCUGCACAAGGAGAUCGCCUCCAAGUACAUCCGAUUUGGACACAUGGGUGUCAGCGUUACCGAUCCAUCAAGGGGUGAUAUUACUAAAGCCGUUGAAGCUUUGAAGGAGAGCUUGGCUGAGGUCGGCUACAAGGCUUAGAUGGAAAAAAAUUCCGAAACAGUAAUUUUAAGAACCAAGUGUCCAGAUAUUUUACUGCAUAUAGAUAGAUAUGUCUGGGGGCCUUCAAGAUGUUUCCGUACAUUUCUUUUGGGAUACAUGGUGUAGAAAUAUUCACAUAUCAAGAAUAAGAAACAAACAACCAU